GCUCCGGCUGCGUGGCGUCGCGGUGCUGCUUCCUCUUUUCUCUCUGCUCGUUUGACUUCUCCUCUUUUCUCUCUGCUCGUUUGACUUCCUCCUCAGCGGUCACUCGGCUCCCGUUGCCUGCGGUGAGUGCAUUUUCCUCCGGUCACAGCCCACCGAGGCGGCCCCCAAACGAUGGAGAAUCUACGGAUCACAUUUGGAUUAUCGUAACAGAAGUGAAUCAGCGCGAGACCAGCGGCGUGCACGCGGGAUCAAGUCUAUCAAGUUGUUUGUUUCGUCAAAAACGUGACAAUGGGCUGCACAGGCUCAAAGGAGGAGAGCAGCAUCAGUAAAGACAGAGCGCAGGAGGAGCAGAGCCGAGCGCAGACCACGCACUAUGUCAAAGACCCCACCUCCGGAACGACCGGGAAGAACAUGUUUUCACAGAGCAAACCAUCCAACGCAGUGAACUCCUCAGACGGUGAAAGCGUUGCCAUAGCACUGUACGACUAUGAGGCCAUUCACGACGGAGAUCUGGGAUUCAAAAAGGGAGACAAGCUCAAGAUUAUAGAAGAAUCUGGAGAAUGGUGGAAAGCCAGGUCCAUAAGUACAGGCAAAGAAGGAUUCAUCCCCAGUAACUACGUCGCCAAAGACACGCUCGAGACUGAAGAUUGGUUCUUUAAAGGCGUGAGCAGAAAGGACGCAGAGCGGCAGCUUUUGGCCCCUGGGAACAAAAUUGGCGCCUUCAUGAUCCGAGACAGUGAGACGACGAAGGGCAGUUACUCUCUGUCCGUGCGGGACCUUGACCCUCAGGCCGGGGACACGGUUAAACAUUAUAAGAUCAGGACUCUGGACAACGGAGGGUUCUACAUCUCCCCCAGAAUCACCUUCAGCACCCUGCAAGAGCUCGUCAGCCAUUACAAGAAGCAGGGCGAUGGUUUGUGUCAGGCCCUCACUACAGCCUGUAUCAGCCCCAAACCUGAGAAGCCCUGGGAGAAGGAUGCCUGGGAGAUCCCCCGCUCCUCCCUGAAGCUGGACCGGAGGCUUGGAGCCGGACAGUUUGGAGAAGUGUGGAUGGCGACCUACAACAAACACACGAAGGUGGCGGUGAAGACGAUGAAGCCGGGGAGCAUGUCUGUGGAGGCCUUCAUGAUGGAGGCCAAUCUGAUGAAGAGUCUGCAGCACGACAAGCUGGUCCGACUCAACGCCGUGGUAACCAAAGAGGAACCCAUCUACAUCAUCACUGAGUUCAUGGAGAAAGGGAGUCUGUUGGAUUUCCUGAAGAGCGACGAAGGAAACCGUGUGCAGCUCCCAAAACUCAUCGACUUCUCUGCUCAGAUCGCAGAGGGCAUGGCGUACAUCGAGCAGAGGAACUACAUCCACAGAGACCUGCGCGCUGCCAAUAUCCUAGUCAACAAGGCUCUGGUCUGUAAGAUCGCAGACUUUGGACUGGCCCGGAUCAUAGAGGACAACGAGUAUACAGCCAGAGAAGGGGCAAAAUUCCCAAUAAAAUGGACGGCUCCUGAGGCCAUAAACUAUGGCUCUUUCACCAUAAAGUCCGACGUCUGGUCCUUUGGGAUUUUACUCACUGAGAUCAUCAGCUACGGACGCACCCCCUACCCAGGUAUGACCAACCCCGAGGUGAUCCGUGCUCUGGAGAAGGGAUACCGGAUGCAGCGUCUGGAAAGUUGUCCCUCGGAGCUGUACGAGAUCAUGCUGGAAUGCUGGAAGAACAAACCCGAGGACAGGCCCACCUUUGACUAUCUGCAGAGCGUCUUGGAAGACUUCUACACAGCCACGGAAAGUCAGUACCAGCAGCAGCCAUGACGCAAGCUGCAAAAACACACCAGAUCACAACAGCAAAAAUGAGGGACACUGCAAAAAUAUAACAAAAUACAGUAGCCACAAUGGACACCUGAAAACAAAAUGGACACUGUAUGAAGUGGAGCUUUGGCUGCAGGCGAGAGCUCCACUCCUUCACAUCUGAUGCUAAAAAAACAAAACAUUGGGAACAGUUUAUUCAUUUACAAUAGCUACAUGGUUAAUUGGGAUAAGGUUAAAAUAGAGGGGGUGUGGUGUGUUUUGUUUCAUUAAAAUACAGAAAAAAACAGCUUGUAAAUGAGCGUAAGGCAAAAAAAAAAAUGCUCUGACAGAAGUACCUUUUCAGUUUUAUUUAUAAAAAAACAUCCCAACCCAGUGUGUCUGAGUUUGGAAUUUUGAAAAUCCGGCCAUCCUAGGUUAAAGUGCAUUUGACAGAUUAAUGUUUUUUUUUAUGUUUGUGACUUGGUUUGUUGGAUAGACCCUGUGAUAAACAUUCAUCAGAGUUUUACAUCAGUUUGUGAAGAAAAGUAGAAAACACUGGAAAAUAUCAUAGAACAUAACGGAAAGCUCAAAUUAAAGUCUCAGAGCAGCUCAACAGGUCGAGUCAUCAGAUCCAAUGUUAUGGCAGUUUGAGGAAUGUACUAAAAGAGUCUCUGCAGCAUCACAGCAGCCUCCAGGGGGCGCUAGGUGAGCGCUGGAGACGCCAAAGGAAAGCCUCUCCUAAGCUUUUCUCUCUGCUGUUGUUUUGGUCAGUUAUGAAGAAGGUCGCUCCUUCUGGAACAUCUGCCAUAUUUGGUGUAAAAACUCUGUAGCAUUUCAGAGCUAGCUAGUAGCAUAGUUAGCCUCAUGCAGGGUCGCCAUGGAUACAGGAAAAACAAAUUGCUCAAAUCACACAGUCCUUCACUUUCGUUUGAACUGCACAAGCUGCACUUGGGGUCAGGAUCCCAAAAUACUAAAUUAAAAAUGUAACAUAAAAAUUCAAAAAGUGAAAAAAAAAAACUGUUCAGUGUGCCAGCCAUUCAGCCACAAGAGCAGCCACUACCACACACAAGUUUAAACACUGAUUUAACAAAAUAGAUGUGUUCCUGAUUUAUUUUUAUCUGUGAAAUCCACUCCAACUCCACUCUGCUAAACACACACGGCCUGAUCUGGCACCGGUCCCAUCUGUUGCGUCUGCUGUAGGCUCAAGUUAGAUUUUUUUGCAGUGCAGUAAUGUCCACUCCCACAUGAAGGCGCUGUGAACUGGAAUAGAUCAUGAAUAACAUAGAUAAUAUUUAAAUCCAGAUCUGAACUGUGAAUUUUGGGGCCGCCACAGUGACUUCAGUGGUUC